AUGACUGACACCGAGCGCCGAUCGGAAUCGCAACGGCUACUUUCCAUCGCCGCGAAGCUUCUCGAAACGCGAGAUCUCACCGGCGCAAAAGACUUUGCCACGUCAGCACAAGACUCCGAUCCGUUACUCGACGGCUCCGACCAGAUCUUGGCAAUCUCCGACGUCCUCAUCGCCGCCGACAAGAAAGUCAACGGUAAUCACGACUGGUACGCGAUUCUUCAGCUUAAUAGUCGCUGUGAUGACCUAGUUUUGCUUAAGAAACAGUAUCGAAAGCUCGCUAUUUUGUUGCAUCCUGAUAAGAACAGGUUUGCGCAUUGUCAUGAUGCGUUUCGGUUGGUUUCGGAUGCGUGGGAUGUUGUUUCGGACUCGUCGAAGAAGGCGGGGUAUGAUAAGGCGGUGUUUGGGGAUGUUGCGAUAAAAUCGAAUAAUAAGAGGAAGAGGUUUGGGAAUGGGAAUGGGAAUGUGAAUGUGGAUGUGGAGAAGAGUGGUGUGAAUUUUUGGACCGCGUGUCCGUAUUGUUAUAAUUUGCAUAUGUAUCCUAGGGUUUAUGUUGAUUGUUGUUUGAAAUGUAGUACUUGUGGGAGAGCAAUUCAGGCGGUGGAGGUUUCGAGUAUGCCUUCGAUUGUGAAGGGGAAAGAUGGUUUUAAUUGCGUUUGGGGGUGUUUUCCGAUGGGGUAUGCGGGAGGGAAUGGUGGAAAGGGGGGUGGAGGGAUGGAGUUUCCUAAUUGGAUGCCUAAGAUGUUUCCGAAUGUGAGUGGUGGCGGAGGGUUUGGGGAUUUGAACAUUCCGGUGGUGGGAAAGGGUGGGAAUGUGAAUAUGAGUGGUGGAGGGGUAGGGUUUGGGAAUUUGGAAGUUCCGAAGGUGGGAAGGGGUAGAAAGGUGAAUGUGAGUGGUCGUGUGGGGGCAGAGUCUGGGAAGCUGAAUGUUUCGGAGGUGGGAAAGGAUAAGAGUAUGACUCGAGCUCCAGUUAAUGAUGUGACAGCGGUUCAAAAAUUGGGAACUCGAAAGAGGGGAAGGCCUAGGAAAGAGGAUAAGAGUGUGAAUGUGGCUCCGGUUAAUGACAGUGCAGAGGGAGUGGUUCGAACAUCUUAUGUUCCUGAAGAUGAGUAUGUGACUCGAGCUCCAGUUUAUGAUGUCACAGCGGUUCAAAAUUUGGGAACUAGAAAGAGGGGAAGGCCUAGGAAAAAUCCGAAGUGA